AUGGAGCAAACGCAGGAGGAGCUGGAACUGAAUUGUUGGACUACAGAAGACAUGGACGUGCCCCAAGUGGCUCGCGCCUGGGAGUCGAUGCUGAGCAGCCAAGUCUUGAGGAGACAAUUCAUCCAGAACAUCACUGAGUAUCUACAGGACAUGGUCAGCAGAAAAGACCUGCAGCUCCUGUUGACCAAAGAUGAAGCCUGGAAAGUGUUGGUGGCAGAGGCUGAACUGUCGAGAGAUGAGGAAGCUUCACUGCAUAAGGCUCUGAAGCUGCUCCUACAACUCCCCACCUUGGAGGACAAAGACAGACUUCAAAAAGAAUUGCAGGACAGGAAGAGGUUUGUGGAAACUUUUCCUCAGUUGAAAAGGAAGUUGCAAGAAAACAUCAGGAAGCUCCGAGCUCUGGCUGACCACCUUGACCAGGUACACAGGGGCUGCACCAUCUCCAAUGUGGUAACCAACUCCACCAGUGUUGCCUCAGGAGUCCUGAGCAUCCUGGGUCUAGCUCUCGCACCUAUGACUGCAGGGGGCAGUCUACUACUCUCAGCAACUGGGUUGGGGCUGGGGACAGUAGCAACUGUGACAGGAACUGCCACUGAGAUUGUGGAGCAAACCAGCAGGUGGUCAGAUGAAGCUAAAGCCAAGGACCUGAUGUCAGACGCCAUGGACACUCUGAACACAGUUCUUGUCAUGGGUCAGAAUGCACUCAAACUUGAUAAAACCAUUUAUAAUGUCAUCAAACAAUUGAAAACCUUGGGAAAACACAUUCGGGCCAUUAGGUUAGCCAGAGCCAACCCUCGCUUAGUAGCAGAUGCCAGGCGCCUCAUGACUUCUGCAAGAAUCCCUGCCUCACGUGCUAGUCAGGUGCAGAAUGCCUUUAAAAGCACUGUUCUAGCAAUGACCAAAAAAGCUAGAAUCAGGGAUGCAGCCACUGCAGGUGUCUUCCUCGCAAUGGAUAUGUAUUCCCUUGUAAGGGACUUCAGGGAUUUACACGAUGGAGCCAAAUCAGAGUCAGGCAAAGAACUGCGGGCCCUGGCUCAGGAGCUGGAGGAGAAGUUGAAAGAGGUUGCCCAGGUCCACAAGACACUCCUGGAGCCUUAGUGAUAGCCACCCUAAAGAACAUGGAGUUCGGUGGAGAUGAUCUGGACAGAUUUGAGGCAUUUUGUUAGAGGGAGAAUGAGAUGCUCAGUUGUCACUGUCCUCCUGACACAGUCUAGAAUCAUGUGGGAGCAUCUCAGUGAGCGGUCCUCUAGUUCAACUUGUCCUGUGCACGUGCCCGGGAGAGAGGUUUCUAAAUGACUCUAAUUAAUGUGGGUCACUUCCUCCACCAUGGGUGGCAGUGUUCUCUAGAAUUGGAUUCUCAACUAGAAAUGGAUUCUCAACUAUAAAAUGAAAAGCCAAAUAAACACCAGUAAGCAUGUAGGCAUGAAUUCAAUUACUAUUGCUCUUAACUGGAUGCAGUGUGGCUGGCUGCUCCCGUUCCUGCCUUGACUACUUCUCAGUUGGGAUUUUCAUUGCUGUGAACAGACACCAUGACCAAGGCAUCUUAUAAAGACUUAUAAAGACUAGCAUUGCAUUGGGUCUGGGUUACAGUUUCAGAGGUGUAGUUUAUGGUUGGAAGCAUGGCAGCUUGCAGGCAGACAUGGCACUGGAGGAGCUGAGAGUUCUACAUGUUGACCCAAAGACAUCCAAGAGGAGACUGUUACAGUAGGCAUAGCUGGAGAUUAAGAGAACUCGAAGACUACCCUGACAGUGACACUUCCUCCAACAAGGCCCUAUAUCCUAAUUAGUGCCAUUCCCUGUGGCCAAGUAUUCAAACACAUGAGUCUAUGUGACCAUAAGUAUUCAAACCACCACACUGAGCAAAGUAGAAAGUAGCAAUUUGGAAAGACUGGUUCUGUUAAGAUAGAGUUCCCAAAAGUGUGUGGAGCUUGGAAAAGGAUGGAGUGACCAAUCAGAGGCAACCUUUACACAUCCCUGCCAUCACCAUGCCAGUGAAUUGACACAUCUCUGCCAGAUCCUGUUUUAUCAGCCCAGCUGAGUGGUUUCAGAUCAUAGGAGCUUCCUUCACCAGCCCCCUCCUCCACCACCCUGAGCCAGAACCUCUAUCUGGGACGUGAUCUCCUCACUUUUAGUUUUUAUUUCUUUUUUUUUUUCCUUGAGGCUGUCAUGUUGGGAGAGGAAGAGAAAAUGCAAAGGUUUACCUGUCUUUUUAAUAGGGAGCUAUGGACAGCAGGAGGACCCAGGGAGGCAGGAAGUCUGAUGGCUCUGCCACUUGGCACAGAGGGAGGGGUUAUACACUGAAAAAGAUAAAGGUGACAUUCAUCGGAGGCAGAAUGUGCCUGCUCUUGUCUCAGCAGACAGCAAGGAUGCCAAGCACAUCUCUAAUGUUCACAGCACUGAGAUGCAGUUGUAAAGCCCCAUGAGCCACUGACAUUUCAGGACCGUGGAGGGAAUGCAGGUCAGGGUUGUGACUCAAGAUGGAUGCAGUCAAGCCAAGCUGGAUGCCUGGAUGCACUGAGCCUCUGUUGUGUUAGCCAGCAGGCUCCCUGGACACUGGCUGCCCAACAUCCCUGUAUCAUGAUCCUUUCUCUCAAGAUGUCAGAGGGCAAGUCCUCUGUUGUGUUUCUGUGUCAUUUCUCACUCUAUAGAGACUCACUUCCUCCAGACUCUGCCACCUGCAUGCCCCACUAGGGAACUCAGUCAAACCCAUUCCUGUCUGGCUGGGCUGAGCUCAGGUGGAUUCCUCACCCAUGAGUCAGGGACUUAGGGCACCAUGAGACUUAGCUGUAGACGGGGCAAGACAAGCACCUAGACAGCAUCAUUCUUUUCCAAGAUGUCUUCUUGUUUACUUCUCAAUUCCCCAGAGAGCUUUAAGGAUGGUCCUUUUCAUGAUGCCCCUGCCCAAUUUGCACACAGGACAGAACGCCCCCCCCCAGACUAUCUCUCUGGUUAACUGCUGGGUUGUUCUUCUCCGAUGGGUUUGGUUGCCCUUAGGAUAAAGAUUUCACACUGCCCAUAGAUGCCUCUUGUAUCCAGCAGUGCUCAAAGGUAUAGCCAUGCAGAGGGGCUGAGUCUGUGUGGGAAUGUUAGGAGGAGGGGCAGAGAAAAGAGCAAAGACAAUGGAUGUGUUCUCCAUUUCACUAUUCACACGGGAGAUGAGGCUACCAGGGCUUCCUGAGAAAUCAUCUGAAAACAUCCUUAGAUGAUCCUUUCCAGGGAAAAGAGAGAUGCCCAGCAUGGAUCUGCCUCAUGGAGAGUAUAAAUCUCCUAUUUGGAUAGAUUUGUGUUUAUACCUAUAGAUGAUGUUUUCCAGCCUUGAACAGACAUGAAGUUGCCCCUCUCAAAACUUGUGCAAAGAUCUCCAGAGACACAGGUUUUAUGAAUUGCCAUUUAUGCUUAUGGGCACUGUUCCAUGAGAGAGAUGCCUUUAAGUCACUCAUAUUUCUAUAAGCAACCUCUUAAGUAUACUCCUGUAAGUGACCUGAAUAAACUCACUUGGUUACUAACCUAGGCUCAUGUAGGAUCAUUUUUUUGGUCUGUCACCAGCACCUUGCCAUUCCUGGUGUAAAUAGUCAUUUGUUCACAUCUCCUCAGGAAAACUCAGAAAACAAUUUGAAACUCUUAGAACAUGGUCAUGUGAAGCAAUUCUGGGUUAUCAUGCCAAGGGAUGGGUGACUGACACACACCAUGUGGUUGAAACAAUUUAGGAAAUCUUGCUACUUCAUUAGACCAGGCAAAGACCCUGGAGAAACAUGUGGAGAGUUGACAGCAGUGGCAGUUGCUCAGUGGGGACCCAUCCAGACCAGCUUCCCUAUGUCUACUGUCCUCAAGGCCAGAUGGGGCCUGGGCAAUUAUCUUGUGGUAUUUCACUCAUCUUAGGCUCCAGGGGAAAUGCAGGAAUGAAAGCAAUGGGGGAUGGGAAACUGGAGGUAGCAACCAGAAAAUCCCAGGUGCCAGGAAAGCAAGAGCCCCCCAGGACUCUUAACAGCAGGACUAGGGGAGUCUAUGACUCUUGUCUGAUGGUAGGACCCAUUUCCUUCUAUUGGAUUGCCUUGUCUAGCCUUGGUAUGUGUGUACCUAAUCUUAGCAUGAUGUUAGAUGCAUUCAAUUUAUAUUACUAGGAGACCUGAGCUUUUCUGAAGGGAAUGGUCUGGGUGUAUUGUAGAAGAUGAAUAAAAUUUUAAAAGAAAAAACAACAGAGUUUUGAAGGUGUGGUAAAAUACUCAUGAGGCCCCCUCUAGUGACCACUGUGGUACGUGUGGUUCCAACAUCUCCACCUCUAGAUAAGAACUCUUUCCCUCUUGUGAACUGACACUGAACCUUUAUGGGGUAAUUCCUCUCUACAAUUGGAAACACCACUGGCUUCUGCUUUGUGGGAUCUCACUUCCCCAUAGUCCUCAUGAAGGAGGAAUGCAGGGUUUGUCCUUCCACAUCCAGCUUAUUUAACUUAUGCUAAUGUCCCCAGGCAUCAUCAGGUUAUAUAGGGAUCAGAAUUUCCUGUCUAUUCAAUACUGAGACAGAUCCAGGCCAUUCUUUUGACUGUUAUCAAUAAAGUGUCUAGGACUAUGGAGAACAAA